AUUCAUGGCACAAUUUCAAAAUAGGAGCUUGUCUGAGGGUUCAGGCCAGGGCUCUGGCUGAGGCUCAGGAUCAUGACGCGUCUACUGCCAUGGCUCAUAGUCAUCCUCUAUUUACAAAUAGAAGAAGCCGGCUCCACAGACAACAAAGUCCCAUUGAUGGUGAUAGGGACUGUGGGAAAGUCAGUCAUUCUCCCCUUGAAGAUCCCAUCAGACAAGAUUCGAACUAUUGUCUGGCUUUCUAGCAACUCUCUUGCCACUGUCGAUGUAAAAGAACAAAACCCCAAGAUAAUAAUUACUGAUUCCAAGUACUAUAAUCGACUGACAACCUCCAGAGAGUCAAACUACUCUUUGCAAAUCAACAAUUUGACAAUAGAAGAUGAAUAUUGCUACAAAGGGCAAAUAACCAUAGAGCGUCAAGGCCAAUCUGAAACCUUAAUUCAAGAGUACUUCCUACAUGUUUAUGAGGAACUGAGCAAACCCCAAGUCACGGUAAACUUUACAGGGUCUGAGAAUGAUACCUGUAAUGUCAUUCUGCUGUGCUUCCUGGAAAAGGAGGGGAAAAAUGUGACCUACAACUGGAUAUCCCUGAAAGAUGGAGAGGAAAACACUGCCUAUGAGGGACCCAACCUCACAGUCUCCUGGAGACCUGGGGAAAGUGAGCCGAACUUUAUCUGCACAGUCACAAAUCCUGUCAGCAGUCAGAGGUCCCAGCCAAUCCCUUCUGCAGGACUCUGUACAGGAGCAUCAUCUAGGAAUCAUGUUAAGUUGAUCGUAGGAACUGUAAUUGCGGUUGUGCUGUGUGCAGCCAUCAUGGUUGGGAGUAUUUUUUGGAAGAAAAAAAGACAAGUCUCUGAGUUUGUCUUUUCAGAUUUCAUCCAAUACUCUCCCAACAAUGUUCAGCAACAGGGGGCUGCCACUGAGGGAAACACAGUAUAUGCACAAGUCAAUCAUCCAUACAGGAAAAAGACUGAAAAACCUAAUAUUCCAGACAAAAAGGAUUCUAUCACAACUUACUCUACCGUCCAGUCAACUAAAGAGCAGAAAGCAGCCAUGCUUCUUGAAACAUCUGCUUAUGACAAACUCAUUUAAGGAACCAGGCAAGAGUGUCACUUCAUUUCUCCAGACUUCAGUUUCCUCAUCUAUAAAACAAGGGGGUGGACUGGAUGAGCUGAGGUUCCUUCCAGUGCUUAAUCCUCUUAUCCUAUGAUAUCUGCCUCCCUCUGCCUUUUCACUCCAGCAACAAAAGGAUGGCAGACUUUUCCAUGGGAAAGGUUACCCUCUAUAUGACAGGAAGCCCAGCAAAUUUUCUAGCUGGAUAAAAACAAACUCUGCACAUCGGAUAUUAUCCUCACCAGCUCUUCAAAAAUAAACCACGAUAUCUAGGUUCUACUGCUGAAGAAAUGUCUUCACACCCAGAAACUAAGUCAAGUAGUACCUCCUCAAUGCUGGGCCAAGAUAUAUUUCAGAAACAUGACUUUGUUAAACUAACUGAUGGGGGUGAGAGAUUUAGAAGAUUUAGAAGAACUGGAUUUAGAAGAACUGGAAGCUGCUCCCCCAUUGAGGAGUCCAUGGAAGCAGGGGGCCCAGAAAUCAUCAUUCUCCCGUGGAGACUUCAGGCUACUGUGGAUUUCAGCAUCCCACUCCCCCAAUCUUCACUAUGCACUCUCACUUAGAUGCCUUGCCAUCUCUUACUCCUACCCAUUCAGUGAGAAAAGGAGGAGGACUGGUUUUCUCUUCCCUGAGCAAUGCCAACUCUGGGUCAAUGGACUGCCUUCUUUCUUCUUCUCAUUCUUUCAAAUCCACUAUCUUUUCUAAUUGCUUCUAUUGACUAGGAUUCUUAGGACCCAUUUCCACCUUACUUAGUGACUACAGAACCUGAUACGUGUUCUUAUUCUUCCCUUCAUGGCAAAGCGUCCCCUUCAGAGACUUUGACAUCCUAUCAGUAAGCCUUUGCAUACACUGGCCUCAUGUUUCCUUGGCCUUCAUAACUGUAAAGACCUCCGCUUCUUUGCAUCAGCCAUGCAUUUCUCCUCACCUUUGUGUUGUUAGACUUCAUCAAGGUAGCACUGGAAAGGUAAAUGAACCUAGAAGUUGGAAAAGACUUGAAUUAAGCAUCUACCUCUGACACUUACUGCCUCUGCAAUCAUAGGCAAGUCUCUUUGCACCUCUGUUUCCUUGUCUGUAAAAUGGGGGAUAAGAAUAAAUGCAGUCCCUACUUCACAGGGUUGUGGGAGGAUAAAAUGAGGUAAUUUAUGUGAAAUGUAAUAAUCACUGGGAAGCCCUUGAUCUGCUAGACUGGGGUAACUCCCAUGGAGCUGGGUAUGUGCUGUCCACCCUGGCUGAAGGACCUGCAUGACCAGAGGUUCAUGGUUAGUUGUGUCCCUUUGUGAGCUGUUCCUGGAGGAUUGGAUACCGAGCCAAGAACAGCCACCCUCUCUGUGGACUAUUAGGAAUGAGGAAAGACUGCUUUCAGUAAAGUUGUUGUGAGGCUCAAAUGUGAAAAUAUUUGUAAAAGCACUUAGCACAAUGCCUGGCAUAUAAUAACGCCCUAGAAAUGCUUAUUCCCUUUCUCUUCCUUUCUGGCCUCUUUUGAGGGAACCUCUUUGUCAGGACAUAGCCAACACUAGCUCUCCCUUGUUCUUCCAGUAAGGAGAGGGGAUUUCUUUCCCUCUCCACCCCUCCAACCCUAACAACAAUAGCGACUGGAUCCACAAAGCAGCAAGAACCUACAUGUAUGCCCAGCUCCAUGGGAACUCCAUGAUGGGAGUUCAUCAGAUCAAGGAAUUCUCCCGAUCACUCCUACUGCAAAUGGAAAAUAUUUUACAAACUAUAAAGUGCUAUAUAAAUCAGAUAUAUUAUCUCAAGCUUGAGGUUCCCCCUUUUUUUAUCUCCAUCCUCUAAAACAGCUUUAUACCCUAAUCAGAACUUAAUUCACGCAAGCAGGCUACAAUUGUCACCCCUGCCCAACUUCAUUCAUUCAACAAGUAUUUAUUAAGUACAUACUAUGUACCAGGCUGUUAGAUGUAGGAAAUUACAAAGAUAAGAAUGACAGCCCUUUUUAUAUUUUCUCAGAUUUGGACUCUCUAGUCAAUAACCUCAAUAAAAUCCUUACUAUCACCAUAGUCUACCUCUCCCCCUUAAGCUUUUGCCAUGUUUUUUGGACCAACCUGAUUUUAGAACACCACUUCCUAUUCUUUGCUUUCUUAAUUCUGUGGGAAGUACAGAUUGUAUAAAUUGAUCAAAGUCAAUCAGUCAAACAACAAACAUUCAGUCAAUAGCCUAUGAGAGAUUCUGAGAAGACACAGACCCUGUCCUCAAAGCACUUUCAGUCUAAUGUAGGAAGACACGGUUCACCAUAAAAAGUUAAAUAAUUCUCAGGUUGUAGAGACAAUCAGUCCAUUGAAACUUUGGAGAAGAGGAAGGUCAGUGUGGGUUGAAAAGGUCAGGAGAAACCACAGAGGAAGUAGAACUUUCAAUUGGACCUUGAAAUGGAGGUGGGCUUGGAAUAAACCAAAAAGUGGUGACAGGCAUGGGAAACUGGAGCAAGGGUGAGCACGCUCUGUUAGGGUCAGUAACAUGAUAGUCUGCCUGAAGCAAGAGGUUCACAAAGGGAAACAGUGAGAAAUGCAAAAGAAAAACAAUGCUGAGACCAAUUUAUAAAAAGCCUUCAGGGAUAAGCUAAGGAGUUCGGGUUUUAUUUUUUUUUAGGCAAGCCAGCCUAGCUGAAGUGGCAGAGUACCACAAGGGAGAGACAGGAGGCAGUACGUGCCAGGAAAAUCAACCAUCACCACCAUCACCACCUUCACCACCAUCUCAUCUCAAACCCAAUUGAGACAACUCAGGACCCUGAACCCAAAAGCCUUGGAAAUAGUAGUGCCCUCAAACCACUGGACCAGCUUCCAAACCAGCCCCUAUGACCAACUGCUACCAAUAGGAAGAUAGACACGGGAGCCCUGGGAGCGGAGAUGCCCCCCAGGCCACCAGUCCUACUUCUGGGUCAGCCCUUAAAGUCACCCUCUGGGAAAGCAACUCCUUUGGAGGAGAGGCUGGACAGUCACCUGAACUGCUACCCAUAGGGCAAGGUGACCUAGCCUAACUGAGGCAACAGGGUACCCUGGGAGAGAUAUAGGAGGCAACAAGUCAAACCACUACCACAACCUUGACCAUCAUCUCCCUUCAGACCCCAAUGGAAACAACCCAGGAGCCCAAGAGCCUUGGAAAUAGCAAAGCUUCCAGCCCAGUGCCCUCAGCCAUCAUCCUGGAAAGCAGAUCCUGUGGAGAUGCAGCUGGGCAACUGCUCUGCUGGGUGCUACAGCCACAGCUAUUAAAGACCCAGACAAGAAAAUUCUGGGUACCAAAGUCCUUGGUAUUGUCAAAUGGUUCAACAUUAGAAACAGAUACUAUUUUAUUACCUGCUCUUCCACUGCCCCUUAAGGACCUUUCCAUCUGACACAGGUAAAACUUUCCAUAUGUACUGUCUCACCCAUUAGAAUGUGAGCUCCUGAAAUUGAUGAACUCAAUGCAGAUUGAAGUAUAUUUUUUAAAUUUUA